CUUCUACACUCCUGUAGGUAUAAAAGAUAGAGUUCCUAUGUAUCAUCACUUCAGUGCAGCACAAUAUACCUAACAUGAUGAACCAUCGCCAACUCCUGAUUUUGACCAUCUUCACCAUUCAUUACAUCAAUUGUUCUCCGUAUAGUUUGGAUACAGUGAUGAAAAGAAAUAGGCAUUUAUGCGGUCCCCGUCUGAAGGAUGCUCUGAGUCUAGUAUGCAAUAACAUAUUCGCUCCAGGGAAAACUAAAAAAGCUGAUGAUUUAUUUUCAGAUGAUACUUUCAACUUCGACGAAUACGAUGAACUAGACGAAAUGUAUUCUGAUGACAAAGAAUACAAAUUUCCAUUCCUCAGGAAAGACAAUAUGAUUGCGUUGCCAAGGAAACGCAAACCUGGAAUAGUGGAAGAAUGUUGUCACAAACCCUGUACGGAAGAACAUCUGAGAUUAUACUGCUGGAAGACAUAUUGAGAUUGAAUCAGAUAAUAUGAUAUUAUGUGAAAUGUCCAAAUGGUUCAUUGAUUAAAUUGUUUGUUUCGAGAUAUAUCCUCGUGUGACUUUUUUUCACGUUUCUGAAAACCAAUAGGAACUCGAAAUCUCAAUCUCCCACGUAAACAUAAUACGUCCC